AUGGACGCAACUGAGCUAGGAAUCGUAAAAGAGCUCCUCUUAGAAGUUCAAUCAAGCGACAACAAUGCUAGAAAGGAAGCAGAAGCUAAGCUUAUGCAAGUCAAGCUCAACAACUUUGACAAAUACUUCGCUUAUAUGGUAGAAGGGUUUAAAGACGAAGAACUCGAUAUUAAGGCAAGAGUUAUGUCACUUAUUCUUCUCAGAAGAGAUAUUCUUGCAGGCGAGCCAACAGAGCCAGACGCAUGGAGCAAACUCACACAAGAGACUAGAGACUAUAUUAGAGCACAAAUUAUGGAAGUAUUUAGCAAAGAGACCAACGGAGUCAUUCUAAACAAGAUAGCAGAAUUCGCAGCUGAAGUAGCUGUCAGUAUUAAUGAUGCUGACAGAAAGGAUAUUUGGCCAGACCUCUUCAAACUUUGCAAGCAGUUGAUUAGUGAAGGAAAUGCUGCCCAAAUCACCUCUGGAUUGACUGUGUAUACUGAAUCAUUAAGAACCAUGAGUAACGAAAUUGUUGAAAACGAUGCAGAUCUAUAUGCCAUGUUCGAGGUUACCCUCAAGAAUGAGAAUAUUGAUAUAGCUCUCGCCUCUCUCCAAGCAGUUAGUCAAUUACUCAACAGUGUAAUGCCGAAAUAUGCACCAAACUUUGUAGGUCUCCUCGGAGAAAUGGUUAAGGUUCCAAUGAGAGCAAUCAAGGAAGCUGACUACAAAGUUCUAGAAGAUUCAAUGGUAGAAUUCAUUGCAAUGGCAGAUGCUGAGCCCAAAUUUUUCAAAGAAAGUUUCUCAGAUUUGUUCCAAGUAUUCAGCCAGAUCUUUGAAGAAAGUGAAGUCCUCAGUGAGACACUUAAGCAACAACCAAUUGAGUUCUUGACAACCAUCGCUGAAAGACAACCAAGCUUGCUUUCUGAUAACGAAGAUCAUGUGAAGCAGAUGCUUGACUCCGUCUUCAAACUCAUGAUUGGUAUUGAUGAUGAAUUGACCGAAGAAUGGCUCGACCCUAAAGAUCCCGCCCAAGUUAAGGAAGAAGUUGAAAGUGAUACUGUUGUCUUCGGAAAAGAAGUUAUUGAUAGACUCUGUGCUAGUGUUGGAGAAGAGAUCAUGCUCCCAUUGGUUUGUAUCCUCGUCAAGCAGACUAUUGAUAACGAUGACUGGAAGUACAAGAAUGCAGGACUUAGUGCUUUCUCACAAAUUGCUGAAUAUGUAUCUGAAAUUGAACAAAUCAGCGAAAUGAUUCCAACCGUUAUCGAUCAUUGUAAGCAUGAGCAUCCAAAAGUCAGACAUGCAGCAGUACAUUGCUUGGGACAAUUUGCUACCGAUCUAAAGCAUCAACUCACUGAAAACUUCCAUGAGACUGUUGUGCCAGCUCUAUAUGAUGCAAUGAAUGAUAAGGUCAACAGAGUGAAGGCUCAUGCCUCAGGAUCAAUGUCUAACUUCUUUGAGAAAGCUUCUCAAGAUAUUGGUCUUCACUACUGUGAAAAGAUCCUCGAAAGUCUUUUAGCUGCAACCAAGAGUGAAUCCAGUUAUGUAGCAGGAAAUGCAGCAACCUGUAUCGCAUCAGUAGCUGAGUCCUGCCAACAAGAAUUUGCUCCAUACUUUGAGACUUGUUGUAAUGAACUCCUUCCAGUGAUUUCACAAAGAGUUCCAAAAGAAUUCAGAAAAUUUAAAGGACAAGCUAUUGAAGGACUUACUAUCGCAGCUGUUUGAAUCGGAAUGGAUUGCUUCAGGCCAUAUUCUGAGCAAUUGAUUAAAACUUUGAUCCUCAUCCAGAAAGAACAUCUUGAAGGAAGUGAUGAUCCACAGAGAAGGUAUAUUCUCUCUGCUUGGCAAAGAUUAGCCAUGGUAAUGGAAAAAGAGUUCGCUCCAAUUUUGCCUGAAAUCAUGCCAGAAUUCUUCAACAUGGCAUCCCUUCAGCCAAAGAUCAGCUCUGGAACUUCUGGAGAAGAUAUCCUAGAUUACCUGACUGAAGUAGAGAAUUCGCCAGAAAAGAAAACCAUCUCUAUUGAAUCAGACGAAUUAGAAGAAAAGAAUAUUGGAAUCCAAAUGCUUUGUGUGUUUAUUGAUGAGCUCAAGGAGCUUUAUGCCCCAUAUGUAGAGAAGACUUCAGAGCUAUUCCUUUCUCUUCUGAAGUUCAAAUACAACACCUCAAUCAGAUCAAGCACUGCUGAUUCCUUGCCAACAAUGCUCACUGCUAUUAAAGAAUGCGAAAAGGGAUUAGAAGGGGCUCUUCCUUUUGCUCAGAGUUACAUCUCAGCUCUCUUCGAAACAAUGAAAGGUGAAGAGGACACCACAGUAAUGCAACAUCAGGUUAGCGGAAUCAAGCGCUGCAUUGACAUAAUGGGAGAGUUCCUCGAUGAAGAUCAAGUUAACCAAAUGUGUAACAUUUUCUUCGAAUGCAUCUCAAAAUCAGACCACAGGAAGAACAUCAAUGUUGCCUAUAACGAAGAGAACGAACAAGGAGAUGACGAAGUUGAUAAGCAGAACAGGAUGUUCAUGGAAGAAGAAAAUGAGAUUGAAGAUGAUCUCCAAUUGACUCUAUCUGAAGCUUUUGGAGCUCUCUUCAAAACCCAUAAGAACAAAUGUGCAAAUCUUUUGAAUACCCUCUUUAAUGACCUCCUUCCAUCCUAUCUUGAUGAGAGUGCUCCAUUUGUCAAGCAGAAGUUUGGAGUCUACAUCGUCGUUGAUCUUGUAGAACAUCUCGGGCUUGAGAUUCUAGGCGAGAAAUACGAAGACUGUUUCCAAGUAAUUGCCAAGUGCUCGAAAUCUGUCAACCCAGUUAUUAGACAGGCUGGUGUUUACGGACUCGGUAUUUCUUCCAACUCAGGUGGAGAACUAUUCGCUAAAUACUCAACUGAUGCUCUCCAAUCACUAAAGGAAGCUAUUGAAAUGAAAGUCGGAACUCAAGAUGUUGUAGAAUUCAACCAUGCUAGGGAUAAUGCUAUCUCAGCUCUUUCAAAAAUAAUGAAGUUCCAGCAUGAAUGAAUCGAUGUCAAUAGCACAUUCGAAUUCUUGCUCCAGCACAUUCCAUUGAAGCAUGAUCUCACCGAGGCCAAACUUGUUAAUGACUUCUUGGCUGAUGCUGCUACUAGCAACCCUAACCUGAUUACUGGAAAAGAGCAUGAGAACAUUAAACAAUUUGUUAUCCUUCUUGGAGAGAUCUGAAGAAGUGAUUGCAUGGAAGAGAACACAAUGAAGAAAUUCGGAGGAGUCCUCAAGGGUCUCUCUGCAGAUGAUAAGCUAAGCGGACCAAUUACAGAAGCUUUCAACGAGCUUGAUGAGCUGAAGCAAAAGAGGAUCCAAAAGAUCACUGAAUUAGCAAACUAA